GGUUUAGGAGCAGCAGAGCUGUGAUUGGCCCCGGGCGGCGGAGGAGGAGGGGGAGGGGAGAGUGAGGGGCACAGGGUGAGGGGCUGCCGGACUGAUCAGUUGGACCCAGGCUUCUCCUCACUGACUCCUCAUGUCUCCGACCCACGAUCCCCCCGGGAAUCCCCCGAAGGAGAGCGGCCUAGUGAAGCGGCCAAUGAACGCCUUUAUGGUUUGGUCGAGCGGCGAGAGGAAGCGCAUGUCCGCCCUGCACCCCAAGAUGCACAACUCCGAGAUUAGUCGCCGACUCGGGGAGAUCUGGCGCGGCCUCGGGGAGGAGGAUCGGAGACCUUUCCGGGAAGAGGCGAAGAGACUUCGGGCUCAACACGCGAUAGACUUCCCGGGAUACAAGUACGCGCCCCGCAAGAAACGCAAAGACAAGGGGGGGGAGCUCGCGAGCAACAGACACACGCCGACCCCUCCUGCUGCUCCCCGACCCCCAGCGCUCUCUCCCCCCACCGACCCACAACUGCAGCAGCAACAGCAGCCCCAGUACAGCGGAUACCAGGAGCUCUAUGGGUACCUCCCCUACCCCCCGCGCCCGGAGUCCUUCCUCCCGUCUGUCAGUGACGUGUCUGCGCUUUAUGGCUUUGGACUGUACGAUUACGGGGAGCACAGGGGGGUUCAGCAACAGGUCCAGUACCAAACCCUGGAAGUGGAGGGAACCUCUUUCACGGACCUCUGACCCCUGUGACUGAAUGGGACAUUCCGAGGGUCUCCGCUCUACUGACUUGAGAAUCUAGGGGAUCCCACUGUGAGGGGUGCAUGAUGGGAUGGACCUGACCCCGCCUUCACUGAAACCCCAGGACCUUAAUAGAGGUGUGCCCCUAGUGGGCGGUACCAAGUGGCCUUAUUGUGGAGGCUCCUCCCCCUGCCGGCAGCUAUGGGCAUUUCAUUAUUCCGUUACUGGAAAAGAUUUGGGGCGUCGGAUCUUGUUAGAAUUAAAGGUUUUUGUUUUUAGGGAAACUUGGGACGUUUUUGUCGCACACACUGUGACCCCCAUUCUUUUUAUAGCAAAGACUUUACUGAAACUGGAGUUUGUUGUUUUUCUAGUGAUGUUUUUAAUACUAUAAAGUUCUAGAUGAAUUCUG